GUAUAUACCAUUACCACCGCUUUGCAACGCAACUCUGAGAAGAGGCAAAAAUUGACAAAAUGGAGCAGAGAGAGAGAGAGAGAGAGAGAGAAAAAUGACCGCCAUUAAUGACGAGCUCAACCACCAUCCUGCUGGAGGACUAUACAAGUAGGCUGUAGCUAACGAUCGCUUCACACUCGCUCAUUCGCCACACACAAUCAAUCACCACACUAGGGAAAGCAGCGAAAUCUCCGCUGCGAAUGAGUAAUUGCUUCCGCUAAUCUCUCUCAUCCCUCUUGGUUUUCAUCUCGUAUGCGCGCGCGCGCGCCCUGCUCUGGUGCUCCUAGGGUUUCGGUUGCGGCCAGAUCUGAGGUAUGUGGAGCUCGGCGGAGAAUGUGUUUGCGCGGUCGUCGUCGUUCCGGGAGGACGGCGAGGACGAGGAGGCACUGCGCUGGGCGGCGCUGGAGCGGCUGCCGACCUACGCGAGGGUGCGACGGGCUAUUUUCAGGAACGUAGUCGGCGAUCACAGGGAGAUCGAUGUGAGCGAGCUCGAGGCCGAUGAGCAGAGGCUGGUUCUCGAGCGGCUGGUUACUGCCGUGGACGAUGACCCCGAGCUGUUCUUCGACCGGAUGCGGAAGCGAUUCGACGCGGUGGAAUUGGAAUUCCCCAAGAUUGAAGUGCGGUUUCAGAACUUGAUGGUUGAAUCAUAUGUCCAUGUGGGAAGUAGGGCUCUUCCCACCAUCCCUAACUUUAUCUUCAACAUGUCUGAGGCAUUGUUAAGGACGCUGCGGAUGUAUCGAGGAAACAGAACCAAGUUAACAAUUUUAGAUGAUCUUAGUGGGAUCAUUAGACCUUCGAGACUGACCCUUCUGUUAGGACCUCCUAGCUCUGGCAAGACCACUUUGCUCUUGGCUCUUGCUGGCCGUCUUGGAAAUGAUUUGCAGGUGUCCGGGAAAAUUACGUAUAAUGGCAUGGUCUGACCGAGUUCGUUGCUCCAAGGACAUCAGCUUAUGUCAGUCAACACGAUAGGCAUAUUCCAGAGAUGACCGUCAGGGAAACCCUAGAAUUAGCAGGAAGGUGUCAGGGUGUUGGGUCCAAAUUCGAUAUGCUUAUGGAACUUGCAAGGAGAGAGAAGAUGUCAGGGAUAAAACCAGAUGAAGAUCUUGAUAUUUUCAUGAAGUCGUUAGCUUUGGGGGGACAGGAAACAAGCUUAGUGGUGGAGUACAUCAUGAAGAUUUUAGGGUUGGAUGUAUGCGCGGACACCUUGGUGGGUGAUGAAAUGCUGAAGGAAUAUCGGGGGUCAGAAGAAGCGGCUCACAACAGGUGGAUAGUAGGCAUCUCUUCCACUAUAUAG